UCUUUUUGCCAUCGGGAGCCAUGGUGUCUUCGAAAACGGCGGCGACGACAGCCUCACGCGCCAGGAAGCCGAAGGAGCAGCGGCUAAGCAAAGCCGACCGGUCUUCAUACUUCGCUAGAAGGGAAGCCGCGAAGGUCCUGCAGUGCGUUCUCCAAGGAGACGCUAAGCGGCGAGCCGUCGGCUCCAUCAAAUCGCUGGUCUAUAGCCCCUCGGUGAGGAACAAGAAGGCCACCUUCGCGCUCGUCUGUCAAACUCUGAAGCAUCUUUCAAUUAUCAAGGAUGUUUUGGACUCUGCUAGGAUUCUAAAUGCCAAGUGGAAGAGGCAAGAGGGAUUGAUGUAUAUAAUCACUUACGAUAUUCUGUUUGGCCAGGAAAUUUCAUCAGUUGGUGAUGCAGAGAAAUUUCUACUGCUUCAGAAAGAUGCUAUACAGUUAGCUCUAGCACGGCUUUUGGUGCGAAAGAAGGUGAAACGUGUUGAAGACUUGAUGGCUCUUUAUCAAAUUCCUGAUGUUUCGAAACCUUGUUUUGUUCGUGUAAAUACUCUGAAGUUGGAUGUUGAGUCUGCCUUCCACGUGUUAGGGAAACAGAACAUGGUUCAGAAAGAUGACAUGGUUCCUGACUUGUUAAUACUCCCACCAGGUAGUGAUUUGCAUGAUCAUCCUCUGGUCAGAAAUGGGAGUGUUUUCAUGCAAGGGAAAGCAAGUUCAAUGGUGGCGGUAGCACUUGGGCCAGAACCUGGAUGGGAGGUUCUCGAUGCAUGUUCAGCUCCAGGAAACAAGACUGUGCACCUUGCUGCACUUAUGAAAGGAAAGGGAAAGAUUAUAGCAUGUGAACUGGAUAAUGAAAGGGUUAAACGUUUAGAGGACACUGUCCGACUCUCUGGGGCUGCUAACAUAGAAGUUUUGCACGGGGACUUUUUAAACCUAAAUCCGAUGGAUCCAUCAUACUCAAAGGUUCGUGCUAUUCUGUUAGAUCCUUCCUGCUCUGGAUCUGGAACCACUGCCGAGAGAUUAGAUCAUCUGCUCCCAUCAUAUGCUGCAGGUGAUGCCUCAGAUGUUGCUGGCACAGAAAGGCUAAACAAGCUUGCUGCUUUUCAAAAGAAGGCUUUGGAACAUGCAUUAUCUUUUCCAGCAGUCGAGAAAGUUGUCUACAGCACAUGCUCCAUCCAUCAAAUUGAAAAUGAAGACGUAAUCAAAUCUGUCCUACCCCUUGCUGCAUCACAUGGUUUUCAACUCGCAACACCAUUCCCUCACUGGCCUCGGCGUGGCCUCCCUGUUUUUGAAGGCUCUGAACAUCUGCUUCGAACCGAUCCAGUUGAGGACAAAGAGGGCUUCUUCAUUGCUCUGUUUGUCAGAAAGAGCAUUGCCAGAAGCAUGGAACAGCCAAUCAAAACCCGUAAGAACAACAAGGUGAAAUCUGCUAAAGGAAAUGCAACUAUGAACUAUAAUAAAUCUGUGAUGCCUUUUCCUUUCACUAGACUGUCCAAAUUGUUGCUAAAUUCUCAUCUGAGAUUACAGACUUACAAGAAACUAAAUAUGUCUACUUGAAAUACUCCCAAGACUAUAAAAUACUUUUCUUUUGCCUAUUAGACUCUUAUGUAACCCCAAAAGUUCAAAAUUCUCAAGGAACUGUCCUUAA